AUGGAUAAAAAUGAGCUGGUGCAGAAAGCCAAAUUGGCUGAGCAGGCUGAGAGAUAUGAUGACAUGGCAUCCUGCAUGAAGUCUGUAACUGAGCAAGGAGCUGAAUUAUCCAAUAAGGAGAGGAAUCUUCUCUCUGUUGCUUACAAAAAUGUCAUAGGGGCCCGAAGGUCAUCUUGGAGGGUUGUUUCAAGUAUUGAGCAAAAGAUGGAAGGUGCUGAGAAAAAACAGCAGAUGGCCCGUGAGUACAGAGAGAAAAUUGAGACCGAACUAAGAGAUAUCUGCAAUGAUGUGCUGUCUCUAUUGGAAAAGUUCUUAAUUCCUAAUGCUUCACAAGCAGAAAGCAAAGUUUUCUAUUUGAAAAUGAAAGAAGACUACUACUGUUACUUGGCUGAGGUUGCUGCUGGUGAUGACAAGAAAGGUAUAGUGGAUCAGUCACAACAAGCAUAUCAAGAAGCAUUUGAAAUCAGCAAAAAGGAGAUGCAACCAACGCAUACUAUAAGAUUGGGUCUGGCCUUGAACUUCUCUGUGUUCUAUUAUGAGAUCCUGAACUCUCCAGAGAAAGCUUGCUCCCUUGCAAAGACAGCUUUUGAUGAAGCCAUUGCUGAACUUGAUACAUUAAGUGAAGAAUCAUACAAAGACAGCACACUAAUAAUGCAAUUACUGAGAGACAACUUGACAUUGUGGACAUCGGACACCCAAGGAGAUGAAGCUGAAGCAGGAGAAGGAGGGGAGAAUUAACCAGCCUUCCAACUUUUGUCUGCCUCAUUCUAAAAUUUACACAGUAGACCAUUUGUCAUCCAUGCUGUCCCA